AUGUCUGAUCAUGUGUUGCAAUUGUACAAUGAUCCUGAGGGUAAAAGUAGACAGUCGAUGCAGUCUUACCAAUCUCUUUGGAUGGCUCAUUGGACGAGAACUAGCUUUAAUGCAACAGCUGAACCUGAUGAUCGCAUAUCCAAUCAUUUUGGAAUCCAGGAAAUUCAUCAGGAUUCUGAACAUCAUAAUUCUACGACUGGAUUAGAGAUUGCAUCCGACAUCUCUAGGUCGGCCAAUCAGAGUCUGAGAGUGAGUUCUAACCACACGAGAAAUGAAAGAUCGGGUAGUAAAUAUCUUGCAUUGGAGGGUCCUUCCAGGAACGGAGGGAGCAGUUUUUCAACACAACAUGCUGUAGAAGCCGAUGAUAUGCAAUCCUUAAGGCCUCUAAUCAGUUACAACUUUGGUGGAUCAACAUCACAUUUUGUGCCUUCUAGAUUUGACCAAGAAAAACAUGGAUUUGACAACAGACAAAAGCCAGUUUCUUCCUUUUUGGAUAGAUCCGUUCUAGUUUCCAACAAGCUAUUGCCAAAUGCUAACCUGAAUAUUCUAGAGCAACAACAUUGUACUUCAGAUUUUUUCCUUUCUGAAAGAAAAAUGGACAGCCAAUUAGACUCGGAGAAGUUUACAAGUGCGUGCUUGAGGAAAUGUAAUACAUCCCUGUUACUUGACGCUCCCUCCACGAGUGACAAUCACUUGUCGGCAUUUGGUAAAAACUGGUUCCACAAGAUGCAGAAUCAUUCUGGAAUCAGACUGUUAAAGAACAAUUGCAGUGCUUCAGAGAAAGGUUUACAAAGGUUUCCAUAUAACGUUCAAGAUGUUGAGACAACGAGGAUAUGCACUGCUGUGAAUUCCAUUGAUGGAGUAUCUCAGACAACUCACAGUUUGUUAACCGCAAAAAGGAAUAAUGUCAACACGUUUAAAGAACAUGAGUUUUUCAGAAAGACUAGAGUGUUCACCGAAUCUAACAGAAAUAUAUCCAGUGAUCUUCAUACUGUUUAUCCGUUUGUUAGUCAAAGUCAGAGACGAUUAAAACUUCAAUCUCUAGGCAGUUCCCCUGAUAGUGAAGGGAAAGAAAAUCUUGAAGAUGUCAAUGCUUCUAAAGCUGUUAUAAUGCAUGACUCAUCGGCUGAAACCGAUACAAUGGACAUGGAUUUUUUCAACUCAAAGAACGAGCUUUCUGGUGUUAAUUCUAAAUCAUCAAAUAAGGUCAUCAACAUGGACUCAAAUUUACCAUCUUGGUUUAAUGUUGCUUCGUGCAAAGUACGGCUGAACACUGAGUUGCCUGAUAUGAACUUAGAGCUUCCAACCUUGCCAGCUACAGCGAGUUCGUCUAAUGAUGCAGGGCCAAGCUCUUCGAGGACUCAAAGUUUAGAUAUGGACCUGCUUUUGGCGCAUGCUGAGCAGCCUAGUACUUCAAAACACAUUAUCUCAUCGGCUGAUUCUCUGAAAACAGAUCCAACCGCCAGAUGGGUUAAACGUCUCAAGGUGAGCGCUUCAGAUUCCCAUGCUCAUGGCACAAAGAGCUCGGAUUUUGGCAAAAACCCAUCUCAUGAAAAAGUGAAAAAGCUCUUUGGUAGAAUUCUUACAGAUAACAUAACUAGCUCAGAACCUGUAGUGGAUGAACAUUGUGAGAAUUUGUUGACUUUGUCAGAUAAGAUUGGAGACUUACCAAGAAAAGACGAGUCCUCUUUCAUGGACCUGUCGAAGGAAGGUAAAAAACUUUUACUCUCACAUUCUUGGAUACAAAGGUGGCUACACAAAGGAUCCAGGAGUCCUCAAAAGAAGCCUGAGGCAAUGGUGAUUUGUGAACCACAAUGUUCAAAGUUGUCAUCAGAGGACCUUCAAAAGAAGCAAUUUCCGAGUAUUGCUGCUAUGGCCCUGAUGGGGAAGGCUAUGAACGGUUUUGAACCAUGCGAGCUCCAAAAGAGAGGUUCUUCUGUCACUUGGAACACUAGAGCUUUCUGA